CUCCGAGCAGAGAGACAUGCAGAGGCAGCUGCACGAAGGCGCGGUCGGAGUUGCCCCUCGUGUCCCAGGGGACGCGGUUCAGUUGCCCCUUGAUGCCACCGAGCGCAAAACGUUCUGCCCCGCGGAAAAGAAAUCCGGAGAAACAGAUUCCAAUAAAGUGUACGGGACGUUUCCGAGCGGUGCGCCCGUUCCUCCCCCGGUUCCUGCCCCUCUUAAGGAUGCCUCCGGGCCGUUUUUACCCCAAACGGAUAAAGCCAUGUCGCAGAAUAACUGCCCCUCCUCCGCGAAACAGGGGGCAAUGGUGGUUCUGGGCACAGAUGGUACUGCGUCUGUUCAGCUCAACCGGGAAGAGCAAGACGAUGAUGAAGAAGGUGAUGAGAAUAAAGCCAGAGGAAACUGGUCCAAUAAACUGGAUUUUAUUCUUUCUAUGGUGGGUUAUGCUGUGGGUUUAGGAAACGUCUGGAGGUUUCCAUACCUUGCCUUUCAAAAUGGAGGAGGUGCAUUUUUGAUCCCGUACCUGAUCAUGUUGUGUCUUGCUGGAAUUCCCAUCUUCCUUCUGGAAGUUUCUUUGGGCCAAUUUGCCAGUCAAGGACCUGUUUCUGUUUGGAAAGCUAUUCCAGCUUUACAAGGUUGCGGGAUUGCCAUGUUGAUUAUAUCAGUCUUGAUAGCCAUAUACUAUAAUAUAAUAAUGUGCUGGACACUGUACUACCUGUUCGCUUCAUUCACUUCGUCGAAGGGCGUAUUGCCAUGGACUUACUGUACAAACGAAUGGAACACAGCCGAGUGCAAAGACAAAGAAAUGCUGCAGCUAGAUUCCUGUAUCCUUCGAGAAAGAAACAUCACCUCUGUAAAGAACACUACAUUUUGUUUGACUGCAAAUGUCACUGGGAGUUUAAGCAAGCUUCUAAAUAUCACCACGGAUAACAGAACCUAUGUCAGCCCCAGUGAAGAAUAUUUCAAAUAUAAUGUGUUGCACAUUUCCAAAGGGAUUGAGUAUCCUGGAGACAUCCGCUGGCCUCUGGCAGCUUGCCUUUUUCUAGCAUGGCUCAUUGUCUAUGCUUCCCUGGCUAAAGGAAUCAAGUCAUCAGGCAAGGUGGUGUAUUUUACAGCCACUUUUCCUUACGUGGUUUUGGUGAUUUUGUUGAUCCGUGGCGUGACGCUGCCUGGUGCAGGAUCCGGUAUCCUUUACUUCAUUACACCAAAAUGGGAAAAACUCAACGAUGCCAAAGUAUGGAAGGAUGCUGCCACUCAGAUCUUCUUCUCUCUUUCCGCAGCGUGGGGAGGGUUAAUCACUCUCUCCUCAUACAAUAAAUUUCAUAACAACUGUUAUAGGGACACUAUAAUAGUGACGUGUACAAACAGUGCUACCAGUAUUUUUGCUGGCUUCGUGAUUUUUUCCGUCAUCGGCUUCAUGGCUCAUGAGCUUAAGGUGCCGAUCGAGAGGGUGGCAGAUGAGGGUCCUGGCAUUGCAUUUGUGGUUUAUCCCGAAGCCCUCACCAGGCUGCCUAUCUCUCCAUUUUGGGCCAUCAUUUUCUUUCUUAUGCUCCUCACACUUGGGCUGGAUACCAUGUUUGCAACCAUCGAGACUAUAGUGACGUCUGUCACUGACGAAUUCCCCAAAUAUCUGCGAAAGCACAAACCUCUCUUCACCCUUGUAUGCUGUGUGUCCUUCUAUAUCCUGGGCUUCCCGAUGAUAAACGAGAGUGGCAUGUACAUGCUUCAGCUGGUUGAUACCUAUGCAGCCUCUUAUUCGCUCGUCAUACUCGCCAUCUUUGAGUUAAUUGGAGUUUGUUACAUCUACGGCUUGCAGCGGUUCUGUGAGGACAUCGAAAUGAUGAUUGGUUUCCAGCCGAACAGAUUCUGGAGGAUUUGUUGGGCUUUUGUAACACCUACUAUCCUCACAUUUAUUUUGGGGCUGAGUUUGUACCAGUGGAAGGUGAUGACCUAUGAGGACUACACCUACCCCACCUGGUCCAUGGUGCUCGGCUGGCUCAUGGUCAUCUGCUCCGUUAUCUGGAUCCCCAUCAUGUUUGUCAUUAAGAUGUACAUUGCUCCAGGAACAUUUAUCGAGCGACUGAAGCUUGUGUGUUCUCCUCAGCCUGACUGGGGUCCUUUCCUAAUGAAGCAUCGUGGUGAGCGUUAUAAAAACAUGAUUGAUCCACUUGGAACAAAUUCAUUGGGGCUCAAACUUCCUCCUAAAGACUUCCAGCUCUCUGGCCCUUGACCUUAAGACUUCAUUUGUCAAAACCCUCAAUUUCUAUAAAUUCCUCAGUACGCACUAACCGACAGACUUGGCUUGAACUUGCUGGGAGAUUACAUUCUGUUUAAACUCUUCUAAAAACUUUGACCGCAGUUUCUUCAACUUCACUUUUCUACCUUAAAGUUCUUCUUAUUUCUUCCUCCUAACAGAAAAACCCCUCUUACUCUUUUAACUUUUCCACCUUCUUCCCUUGUCUUCACUGUUCCCUUGUCUUUUUUCUUGUCUGCAAAGCCGCCUUCAUUUCAGUGCUGGACGUCUUGUACACACUCUCCUGCAUAAUUUUUCAUCUUCUCAUACAAAAAAACAUGUCCUGAAAAUCCCCAAAUCACAUGAGGAAGAAGGACGUUUCUUUGUAGGUUAAUUCUUGCUCUUUACCUGCUCUAUAAAUCUGUAACUUUGUGCCUCUGACCUCUUCUGAAUAGAUCAAGACUAGUUUUUAUUUUGUGCAGCGCUGUUUCCUGACGCUGUAUAACUCAGAAUAAAUAUAACGCUCUAUUAAGAAGGACAGCUUUAUGCUAGCUGCUAAAUCCUAUAUUCUUGCAUUACAAGAAGCACAAAGCUAGUUGUUGAUUUCUUUAUAUUCUGUAAUCUCUCCAAACUGUAUGCACAUCAAUCUCUCCCGUUAAAUAGCUGACGAUCGCAGCCAUAAUGUUUAGAAAAACACUACUCAGUGGCCAGGUAGCAUUUAUGUGUCAAAACGUAUAUAUUUAUCUCUACAUGUUUGUGAUCUUUCCUUGGAAUUGCUGUGUCUUUUAUGCAAGAAGGAGAAUCUUGAUGCUAUAAAUCCAUAUCCAUGUAGAAACUCUACACACCGACCGUGUGUGGCAUGUGUGCUAAGCCGUGUGUCGUUAGCUGUGUGGCUGAUAAAUAUGAUAUUUAUAUAUUUUAGAGAGUCGUAGUUAGUUAAGCUGUGCGUUAAAUGUCAUCGCCUUCCUUCAGUCUGUAGACUACAAAAAAAGCUAUGUCUCUGAGUAAGAUGUUUGGAGAUCUCCUCUUUUACGUCCGUCGUCGCCAUGUAACAGGGUCUCAGGUAUAAUUCUCAUUGGCCUUAUUUUUUUCAGAUGAAGUGGAUUCAGUUUUCCUUUUUAGUUUCAAGUACUUCGAACACAAGGACAGUUUUCACAGAUGGAUAUUGGCCCUAUUUAUAUUUCUGCAAUCAGAUUUCUAGUGAGAUAAUUUUAGACUUUUCCUCGUUGAAUAAGGGAAUGGUGAAUUCGGAUUAUUCGGACUCAUAUAGCUGUCGUCACUUGUCGUUAGCCAAGAAUACGGUGUACAGACAGUACUGUACUGUAGCAUAUUCAAUAGCUAGCUAGUCACAUUCAAGCUAAUAAUAGGGCAAUUAGUGAUAACAUAAAUCAGCACACUGUACUUAAGUCUGAUUGGUGAAACAGGGAUGCUGCAGACGGACAAGUGACUCCGUGUCUGUGUUCAUUUUCACUUGAUGAGAGAAAUCUGACAUAUAAUACCACAGACAAUAACAUCAUUUGAAGCCAUGAGGAAAAUGACCUUC